AUGUCGGCGGCAGACGAGCUUCUGCGUGAUUUUGAAGAAGAUGAAGAUUUUCAAGAUGAGGAGGAGACCGAGCAGCAAGACCUUGUGGAAGAACCCACUCACGAUGAACCCUCCAAGCCUUCGAAUGAAUUCGAUCUUUCAAUAGAGACGGCGGAUGAAUUAACACGACUGCAUAAAGCUCUCCGCGAUCACUACUCUAUUCGGUUCCCCGAACUCGAGACACUCGUCACCAACUCCAUCAAAUAUGCAAAAACUGUCGCAAUUCUCAAGAAUGGCCCCCUCGAUGACAUCAAAGCGCUUUCAAAUUCUACGGAUAACAUCACCGGCGAGUCGCUCAAAUCUGUGCUGGAUGGGCCGACACUUAUGGUUGUGGCGGUGGAAGGUACGACAACUCGCGGUCGAGAGAUGACCACCUCCGAGCUUAAAGUCGUUCUCGAUACUUGCGAAAGGAUCUUGAAGCUCGACCGUGAGCGCACAGCUCUUACGGAAAGCAUCCGGUCUCGUGUGAACUCUAUCGCGCCGAACCUUACCGCUCUCAUCGGACCUCAUACAGCUGCGCAGUUUCUGAAUCAAACUGGUGGUCUGCUCGAGCUCGCCAAGAUCCCGGCUUGCAACUUGGGAGCUCAGGGGUCGCGGAGGCAAGAAGGUCUCGGAUUCGCAACAAACAUUGGAAUCCGCUCCAAGGGCUUUCUGUACGAUUCACCGCUCAUUCAAGAGGUUCCAAACGAUCUGAAGAAACAGGCUAUCCGGAUUGUGGCUGCAAAAAUGGUGCUAGCCACUCGUGCAGAUGUUGCCAACUACAACAAGGACGGGUCCCUAGGCGAGGAGCUCAAGGAACAGUGCUUCAAGCGGAUAGAGAAGCUCACAGAGCCCGCACCCAACUCUGGAGUUAAAGCACUACCCGCGCCAGAUGACAAACCUUCCCGCAAGCGAGGUGGACGUCGUGCUCGUAAGGCCAAGGAAGCUGUCGCAAUGACGGAGCUACGAAAAGCUCAGAAUCGCCUUGCAUUCGGCAAGGAGGAAGCAGAAGUGGGAUAUGGUACUGGAGAAGGGACUAUUGGCUUGGGUAUGCUCGGACAGCAGAAUGACGGCCGGAUUCGCGCUCUGCAGAUAGACCAACGCACUCGCGCCAAAUUGAGCAAAAACAACAAAGGCUGGGGUGCCGCUACUCCCCUCAGCAGCGGUACUGCCUCGUCACUGCGCGGGUUUGGUCAAGGGGGUGCUGGAGGCACGGCAAGUGUACUCCAGUCGAAAGGUCUACGCUCGUCCGGCGUUGGAUCGGUGUCGGCAACAGCAGGUACUGCUAGUACAAUUGCUUUCACUCCUGUACAGGGCCUGGAACUUGUCGAUCCGAAGGUCCAGGCCGAGAUGAACCGGAAGCGAAAGGCGGACGAAGACCGCUGGUUCAACUCAGGAACAUUUACUCAAGUUGGCGGCAGUCAGAGCAGCAUCAACACUCAGAAAGAUCGCGAUGGGUUCAAGGUGCCGGCGCUUCCGCUGAAGAAGAAGGUCGACACCGGAGAAGGCAAAAUGGGACCCCCGCCGAAGCCUUUCAGCGGAUAG